UAACUCAAAAUGAGGUCAAAUGUAAAUCUAUGAGAGAAAGGAUAAAUGACUAUAUGACACGGGCUGAAAAAUUGAAACAACAUAUAGAAGAUGUGAAGACAGCUGGACAGUACCAUGAACAAUACCACAUCGCUAAAGGUUCCACUGGUCACAGCUAUAAAACAGUUUUCAGUAAAUUUAUUGACGAGUUUUUAACAGAAGUACAAGUGGAAGAUCCUUACAUCCGAAACACUCAUCAGAUUUACAAUUUUCUUAGGUUCUGUGAAUUGUUGGUGAUACCACCCGCUAGAGUUCGUAAAAUCAGUCUGGUUACUGGUCCUGAUGAGGUAAGAGGCAUUUCUAACCUUUGA